UCAGAUUCCAGUCUCCCAAUUUUUGCUGGGUGGCCUUUUAACUUUCUCUGUCUAAUGGAAACAGGAAAUAAAUUUUUCAAAGUAUGAAUCUGAGCAGUCAUUUUUAAUUUCAUGUUUCAAAGCAAACCUCCAAGAAACAGUAACUAUGAAUGAUGUAUGGGGCUGUAUAACAGCCUCAUCUCUGCUUCAUUGCUGUCAAUCAAUAACUGAGAAGGGCCUACUGUAAUACCUGCUGCGGUAUCAAUGAGCUGAGAAUCUAUCACCACUGCCAAGAUUAUCCAAAAACCCCUUUCAACAUGAAUCUAAUCCUCUUUGUAGUUUGAAGCAAGUCCAGGAAGACUGAGGGGUUCUGAGCCCAGAAGAUGGAGAUCGAGACUGCAGACGAAAUUGCAAUUGUGGGAAUAGGAUGCAACUUUCCUGGGGGUGAUGGAAUUGACAAUUUCUGGAAAGUCCUAGAGGAAGGCAGAAACUGCACAGAAGAAAUUCCCCCUGAGAGAUUCAAUGUCGAAGAAUGGUAUGAUCCGGAUGAAAACAAGCCGGGAAAAAUAUGUACAACACGAGCUGCUCUUCUCAAUGAAUUUAAUUCAUUUGACAACCACCUGUUUGGGAUUAAUAAUAUGGAAGCUGAACGCAUGGAUCCGCAACAGAAGUUACUGAUUGAAUGCACAUUCAAAGCCUUGGAGGAUGCAGGAGUCCCUGUAGAAGCUAUCAGUGGCACCAACACAGGUGUUUUUGUUGGAAUUAUGAAUCGAGACUAUGAAGUCAUAACAAGCAGAAUAAUGACUGAAAUGAAUCAUUAUGAUGGUACUGGAUCAGCAAUGAGUAUUAUUGCUAACAGGGUGUCAUUCACAUUUAAUCUGACUGGACCAUCACUGACUAUUGACACUGCAUGUUCAUCUUUUCUUUUUGCUCUGCACUACGCCUUGCAAACAAUUAAAUCAGGAGAUUGUGAGGCAGCAAUCUGUGGUGCAGUGAACUGCAUAAUAGAUCCCCGCACCUUUGUGUCUCUGAGUAAAGCAAAAAUGAUCUCUCCAGAGGGUCUAAGCAAACCUUUCUCCAAACAGGCAGAUGGCUAUGGAAGGGGAGAAGGCUGUGGUGUUCUUUUCCUCAAACCACUGAAAAAGGCAAAGGAAGACUACAGCAAAAUCUGGGGUGUUAUAAACAUCAGUGCAAUUAAUCAGAAUGGUAGGUUCGUGACACCAAUCACAAGACCAUCUCAAAUACAGCAAGAGAAUUUACUGCGCAGAAUUUAUGAAACUCAUGUUGAUCCCUCAGUUGUGCAGUAUAUUGAAGCACAUGGUACAGGAACUGCUGCUGGAGAUCCUACUGAAGCUGAAAGCCUAGGUAAUGUCAUUAGUAAAAAGAGGUCUUCACAGGUUUCCAUUUUGAAAAUUGGUUCAGUGAAAGGAAAUAUUGGGCACACUGAAUCAGCUGCUGGAGCAGCAGCAUUAAUCAAAGUGCUUCUGAUGAUGCAUCAUGGAAAGUUUGUUCCAUCCUUGCAUUACUCGAAGGAGAUGAGCAGCAUUGAUACAGAGAAAUUAAACCUAGAAAUUCCCACAACUGUAGAGCCCUGGGAAGAAUCCGGUGAGUAUGGAAGAGUAGCUGCCAUCAACUGCUUUGGAUUUGGAGGAACCAAUGCUCAUGUUGUAGUCAGGCAGGCAAAGAAGCUAGAGCCUCUUCCUGCCUUCAAGAGGCCUCUUGAAUUAGUUCUGCUGUCAGCAGCAUCAAGUAAGUCCCUUCAGAUGACAAUGGCUGAUACAGCUGACCAGCUGAGCACAAGGAAUUCCAUAACCCUCCCAAGCCUGGCCUAUACGUCUGCCUGCAGAAGAAGCCAUGCUAACCACAGGUACCGAAAAGCAUUUGUCACAAAUUCUCUCCAACACUUGCAGCAGCAGGUUAUGCCAGCAGCCAGCACUGAAGUUGCCAUGUCAAAGGUGGAACCACAGCUGGUGUUUGUGUUCUGUGGCAAUGGUGUAACACUGAAGGAGUUCAGUGAGGUGUUGCUGAGCUCCGAGCCCGUGUUCAGAGACAAGUGUAAGGAAAUCGAAGUGCUUUUUCAGAAACAUGCUCCCAUUAGCUUCCUGCCAGCAAGAGGUGAAAGCCCGAAGGAUUUGUUGGAUCCAGAGCUUUUCCAGGUCAUGCUUUUUACCCUGCAGGUUGCCCUAGGUGCCCUUCUGAAAUACUGGGGUAUUAAGCCAGUCGCUGUUGUUGGCCACUCAGUAGGGGAAGUUGCUGCUGCACAUUUUGCUGGGUGCCUUUCCCUGGCAGAUGCAGUCAAAGUGAUUUAUCACCGGAGCAGGCUGCAGUCAAAGACUGAGAGUGGCAGAAUGCUGGUGGUUGGAAACAUCCCUGUUGAAGAGAUUGUUGAAUAUCUGCAUCCCUACUCAGGAAAGGUGUGCAUUGCCGCUUUCAACAGCCCGAUUUCCUGCACCUUGUCUGGGAAUUCCUACUUUAUGGAUGCUGUCCAGAGAGAUUUAGCUCAAGCCUUCAGACAGAGAAACAUCUUUCUUCAUGUUUUAAGCGUCUCAGCUGCGUACCACAGCCCUAGCAUGGAUAAGAUACUUGGGGAGUUGGAAGAGAACAUACAGCCUUUAGAAAAACAGAAGGGGGAAAUUGAAGUGAUUUCAACGCUGACUGGGAUGGCUGCUUCUGAAAAUGACUUUGCUCAGGGCAAAUUCUGGGCCCGGCAUAUUCGUGAGCCUGUUGCUUUCACUCAAGCCAUCAGAACUGCAGCCAGAGAUAGGGAAAAUGUGGUGUUUGUGGAAAUAAGUCCUCGCCGAGCAUUGCAGCGGAACAUAAGGGAAACUCUAGGAAACAGCACAAAGGUGUUCUCUUCUUUGCAAAAUGAUGUAGAGUAUCAGACACUCCUCACCCUGGUAGGAAAUCUGUUUGAACUGGGAUAUAACCCCAACUGGCAGCACUUUUAUAAUGGGUAUCAAAGUGCUCCAGUGGACAUUCCACGGUAUCAAUUUGAUCGCAAAAAACUUAUUAGGUAUCUGAAAUUAAAUCAAGAUGCAGGAAGAUACGUCAAUGACAGUCAUCCUUUGAUUAAAAGCAUAAACAGUGACAAAAUGGAGUUUAGCUGCCUGCUGUCUCAGGGCACAGCAUCGUACAUAUAUGAGCACAAGAACAAUGGUGUGGCUUUAGUCCCUGGUACUUUUUUUGUGGAGCUUGGUCUGGCCUCUGUGAUGAGCAGCUCAAGGCCUAAAGUGGCUCUCAGCUCUUGUCAGAUGAGUAUCAAUUUUUCUGCACCGUGUGUUCUCACGCAGAGCUCCCAAGUCUUGAGCAUCAAGCUGAGUCCACAAAAAGCAGUGACAGCCUUUGAGAUACUGUCUCCCUCUAAUGUAAUUUAUGCUGCAGGCCAAGUAACAAAGGGGCCUGAAGCUGUGGUGGAAGAAAGGACCAUCUCCUUCCAAGACAUCUGUCAAAGAUGCAGGUUGGUGAUAAGCAGAGAGGAGGUUUAUGAAGCACUGUCUCAAACUGGCUUUCAGUAUGGCCCCAUAUUCAAGCAGCUCAGUGAUGUGCACUAUUGCCAGGAACUAAAGGAAGCUAUAACAAGCAUAAAGGUAAACAAGGAGACGGCCAUAGAUAUGUACAGCUACUGUAUCCAUCCAGUACUGCUUGACUGUUUUCUUCAGAUGACCACUGUUAUGACUUCAAGGACUUUCCCAUCAUCUAGAGUAGGCUUUCCUUCAGAAAUAGGCAGCCUGGUGGUGCUCCGACCGCUGGAGGAAGAAAUGAUGAUAUAUAUGAGAACAAGCAAAUCCACUGAGAACUGCCUGGAGGUCUGUGGGUGCUUUAUGGACAAACAAGGCUCCAUUUUGGCUGAACUAAAGCGUGUUGCCAUCACUUUCAUGAAGCAAGCAUCUUCCAGAGAUAAUGAGUUAAUGCUUGAAAACAAGUGGACAGAAAUAUCCCUUUCACAGAUAGCUGGAAAUCGGGGGGCUAUGCCCAGAGUCCUAGUGUUUGCUGACAAAUUUGGGAUAGCUGAGAAGCUCAAAAAAUAUUUGCAUCCUGAUUCAAGAUACAUUAUGUAUGAAGAUUGGGAAGCCCUCCUGGAAGACCAUACGCAGGAUAAAAUGAGAGCAGAGGUUGAGAAUUAUGAUGAAAUUCUGUUCCUGUGGGGAAUUCAAAAGUUAAAUGAACGUUUCCCAAGCAAAGUGGUAGACCAAUUAUCAAAGUGUUGUGAAGCCUAUCGCCAAGUUGUUGUGGCAUUAAGAGAGAAAAUGUCACGCUGUUUAGUCAGAGUGAUCACCUACAGAACAACUGAAAGAUAUGUAGACCAUGUUAACUGUGGGUUUGCAUUGUAUGGCAUGACUAGAACUUGUAUCCUUGAAGUUCCAGAAAUCAUUUUUCAGAUGAUUGACCUCAGUUCUGCCAGUUCCCUGGACAUCUCAGUGCUAGCAGAUGUUCUUGUCAAACACAAAACUGUAGAGUAUUCAGAACUUUGCAUCAGCCAAGGAAGAACUUACAUGGCUGAAAUCAGACGCACACCUUUUGUAGAUGCAGAUUACUGCCAACCUGUAAGAUCUGUCCAGAAUUCAGAAAUAUUUACUUUGUACACUUCUGAUCCGUACACGGCAAAAGACUUGUCUGCUGAAUUAUCCACCAGCAUUGCUACUCAACUUGAUAAACACAGCGUUGAAAUUCAACUGGAUAAAAUAUGUCUCCACUCAGAAGAUUAUUUUCCCAUUAGUGUUUCCAGUUAUAAUUUUGGUAAGACACUGUACUGGAAUUCACAAGUAGUGGACAAACACAGACUUUUAGCUCUGGAUUUCAGUGGCACAGUCACAGCAACGGGUGUUGAUGUAAAGAAAGUUAAAGUGGGAGAUCAUGUGGUUUCAUGUUAUCCAUCUGCUGCGUCAUCCAGAGUUCAGAUUCCAGGAACAGUUUGUUUCAAAGUAAAUAAAUUCCCAUGCUUCCAGAAUGUCCCUUGUAUGUCAUACUUCAUCAUUGCAUGGGAAAUCUUCAAUAAGAGAUUACCUAAGGGGAAAUAUGGUAGAACAUUGGGCAUUAUAUCUACAGAGCCAUCAUCAGGUUUUUGCCAUGUUCUUUCUGCUGCAGCAGAAGAGAUGGGUUGGAGAACAGUACUUGCGAAGCCCACUCCUGAUAAAUUCCGGUAUAUAAGCUUAUGCAAUGCUCUUGUUGUUCUUCCUCCAGUAAACAGAUUGUCUCAGGAGGAUCUGGCCCACAUGUGUUUUCUUAAAGAUGUGGUGGUAGUGUGUGGCCAUCGACAGUCUGAGUGUAUCCAGAAUGCCAAUGAAAUGGAUCAUGAAAAUAUCAGCUUUCAUAUCCUUACACUUACCAGUAUUUUCCAGAAAGCAUCUCUAAAGGAAUUGCAAAAGGCUCUGCGCGCAUGGAUCAAUUCCAUGGAUAUGAAAAAGUUUAGACAUCUGUCAGGCUAUGUUUUUCAGCAGACUGAGCAGUUUGAAAGCAUAAACUCUGUGAUGUCAUAUUUUACCUGCAAAUCUGUCCCACUUGCUGUACUGAGAAAACAGAAGGACGUCACUAUGCUUUCAGAUAUACCACUGUAUGGAUCCCAGAAGCUGUUUAAGCAGAAUGCUGUUUAUGUAGUAGCUGGGGGGCUCACUGGACUUGGCUUUGAAACAGUGAAAUUCAUAGCCAAGAAUGGAGGAGGGUUUAUUGCAAUAUUCUCCAGGAAAAUGCCAAGCAAGGAGAAGCAAGAAGAGAUUAAAGCUUUGCAGGAGCAGUAUAAGAGCAAAAUACUGUUUGUGCAGUGUGAUGUUACUUCAACCAAUGAUGUUGAGAAAGCUUUCCAGUCCGUUGCAAACAUCUUUGCGGGGAGUCCAAUCAAAGGUGUAUUUCAAAGUGCUGUUGUUUUACAUGACGGCUAUCUUGAAGUUCUGAAGUUGGCUGACUUUCAGAAAGUGCUGAGUCCAAAAGUAGCAGGGACCCUAAAUCUUCAUUGGGCUACCAGAGGCCAGGAGCUUGAUUACUUUGUGUGCUAUUCCUCUGUAACUUCCUUUCUGGGAAAUUCCACCCAGACAAACUAUGCAGCUGCAAACUCUUUCUUGGAUAUCUUCUGCCUCUACAGGAGGAACUGUGGGCUUUCUGGCCAAUCCAUUAACUGGGGUGCUUUGAACCUUGGCAUAUUGCUCAAUCAAAACCAUCUUCAGUCCGUUCUGGAAUCCAAGGGCAUAGACAUUCUGCAAGUGCAUGAAAUUCAUGAGUAUCUCAGGAGGAGCUUACUUAUGAAUAAUCCGCAGCAAAUUGUAGCCAAAUUAAACUAUCAAAUUUUAUUACAUCAUGUUUUUUCUCAGAUUAUUUCACUCAAAAAUCGCUUCCAAUCAUUUUUAUCAGAAGAAUACAAGAACAAGCCUGAAAUCUCUGAGAAAACUCAAGUCCAGGAUGCCGCCUCAAUCAAACCUGAAGACUAUAUCAUCUCACUGGUGACUGAACUCACCAACUUGAACCCAGAUGACCUAACCAUGAAUACAGCACUUUCAUCAUUGGGCAUAGACUCUAUGUUAGCUAUGACAAUUCAGAACCGUGUCUUUCAAGAGAGAAAGGUGAACAUACCUCUUCUGAAACUGCUUGAUCCUCACACAACUCUGUCAAAUUUAGUAGUAGUUUUAGAAGAAACAAGCAAGGCAAGAGGAAUAGUUAAGAAAAAACACCCUGCAGUUGAAAGUACAGAAAAUGGAAGCUGGCUAUAAGAGUCUUCUCAUUCAGAAAUUGUGUAGCUUUGAAGAUACCUGGCCCCUUCAUAGUACCUAAGAAUGAGUCAUUGCAGACCAGGUAGAAUAU